AUGGGGGUACAGUCUGUUGCGAAUCACUCUAGAUAUCGUGGCUUUCUUGUGAUCUUUGGAAGAUCAAAAAAGGAGGUUUUUUCACUUGUCGUAGAGAGAGUUUGGAAGAAAAUUAAGGGGUGGAAGGAACAAUUCUUGUCUAGAACUGGGAAAGAAGUCCUAAUAAAAGCAGUAGCCCUUGCGAUUCCAACAUAUGUGAUGAGUUGUUACAAAAUGUCAGAAGCUCUUUGCAAAGAGAUUGAAGCGAUGUUGGCAAAGUUUUGGUGGGGGUCCAAAAAUGGGGAGAGGAAAGUUCAUUGGAUGAGCUGGGAAAAACUGUCAAGAUCAAAAGGUAGUGGAGGUAUGGGCUUUCGCGGUAUCAGUGAAUUUAACAAGAGUCUUCUAGGGAAGCAGUACUAG